AUGCCUGGUAGCUCAGAAACCCGAUAUAUCAGACUUGAAAUUAUCAACGGAAGGAGUCUUCGAGUCCCUUCCGACCGCAUUCCCGCUGGCAUUUUCGUGUCCAUCAAUGUCGACUCGAGAAGAUGCUGGAAAUCGGCCAUCAAAGUUCUAUCAUCCGACAAAUCUGUAGUGUGGGGGGAUAUUGUGACUCUGUCUUCACAUGCAUCACCUGCGUUAUCAGUGGAAAUCAGGGCGUCUUGCGAGGUCGAUCGAAUGCUAGGCAAUGGAGAGCUCAUCGGGACACUUCAAACAUCUUGGGAUGAGCUACUCGAUCAUGGAGAUGAGCCAUUCAAUCUAUCCUUCCCAUCCGUGCGCGGCAUCCACCCUUCCCUCACGCUAAAGGCCACCAUCGUACAUACUUAUGACAAUCAAAACGACGCACUGUCUGAUCCCGUUGUAGACUGUGGAAUUACUCGAGACACAGAUGCGGGCCACACACAAUUUGCCAAGUACAUGACGAGCAAGUCAGUCUCUCACCUGAACGAUGCUGUAGAGCAUUUUCAGUCGGUUCUGGACCAGUGUCCUGUCAGCCAUCCGGACCGUGCAGCAGCUCUCACCAACCUUGCGUGGGCCCACCUUCAAGGGUAUACUGAAGGUCAUCUUCAAGACAUUGAUACUACUACCUCCCUCUUCCGCGACGCCCUCGCAUUGCGUCCGCGGCACCAUCCCGACCAUCCUUUAUCUCUAUAUAAUCUCACUGAAGCCCUGAAUUGGCGCCACAACAAUAAACGUACUGCUGCCGACAUCUGCGAAGCUGCGCAACUGUAUCACGAGCUACUACCUCUCUGUCCAGAGGGGACCUACCUUCGUAGCAUCAUGACAGGGAAAGAUUGUGUCGAUUAUGUGAUCCGCGGAUGCAACAAACUUCCAAUAGACGCAUCCGAUGAAGGCAUCCACCUUCGAAGAGAUGUUCUCGAGCUUGUCCCUGUCUCUGUGCCCGAGGGACAUUCUGACCGUGGUGACUACCUGAACAACUUGGCCGUCUCACUUGGUCACCGCUUCCAUCACCAAGGCAAACCUAAUGACCUCGAUGAGGCCAUCUCUUUGUGCGAAGAAGCGCUGCGCCUGCGCCCUGUUGGGCACAAAGCGCGUGAUACCUCAUUGGACAACCUAGGGGGUGCCCUUGACAUCCGUUUCAACAAAUGCGGCGACAUUGAUGACAUCACCCGAGCUGUCAGCCUCUAUCGCGAGGCACUGACAUUGCGCCCACCUGGGCAUCCAACUCGUGACACCACGCUUAACAACCUUGCCCUCGCGCUCGAAAUCAGAUAUGACAAAUUGCGUGUCAGGGAGGAUCUCAACGAGGCCAUUGAUCUGUAUCACGAAUCCCUUCGGUUAAAGCGGCUUGACGAUCCAGAGCCCCACAUAAGUCUUCUCAAUUUGAGCUCGGCGCUCUGCUCUCGUUUCACGCAUACUCAGAAGAAUGAAGAUGUCGAAGAGGCCAUUACUCUUUGCCAGGAAUCUGUGGCGGCCAUGUCUUCACUGCACCCGGACAGGUAUUUCAGCUACAUCCGGCUGCAGGAGGCCUAUGUGUCUCGUUACGAGAUUCUACAUGACCCUGCUGAUUUGUCGCUCGCUAUAGGGAACUUCAGACUGGCAUCGGGGCAUCCUACUCGGGGUUUUCCGGAUCGUAUUCAAACCGCGUUGCACUGGGUUGAUAAAGCUGAGCGUCAUAAACACGACUCUGCCCUCGAAGCAUACCAGAUAUGCUUGGAGCUUUUCGACAGCCACGUGAUGACGCGAUCGUCCACAAUUUCACGACGCGAAGCUGCCGCUGCCUUCAGUCGUGCCAGAUCGUUGCCUGUAGAUGCAGCAUCAUGGGCCAUCCGCCAUGACAAUCUACGACAGGCAGUUGAACUCGCAGAGCAGGGUCGUGGCCAGCAGUGGUCGCUGGCAUCUCGAUUCAAGACUCCAGUUGAAGACCUCGAGUCAGUAAAUCCGACACUGGCGCACAAAUAUUUGGAGCUGAGCAAGCGCGUAUCCAAUGCUGCACAGAGUUCUGCAACCAUCACCGACAGAGCUGCUGCUGAUCGGGCAGCGAUAGUAUAUAGGAGACUUACAAGGCAGUGGGAAGCUGCGGUAGUUGAGAUACGUGAUCUUCGCCCGUUCUCGCGGUUCCUUCUCCCGCCUUUAUAUGAAGACCUGCAAGCAGCAGCGCGCCAGGGCCCAGUCAUCAUCCUCAUUGCCAGUCAAUACUCAUGUAGCGCUAUCAUCGUUCCGACAUCAGGAGACCCCCAUCAUGUUCCCUUGCCAUCCGUUAAUCUCGUAGAUCUAACCAAUCUCAAGGAUCGUUUCGCCAGGGCAAUACGACAAGCAUCUCGGAUGAACCCAAGGGAGUCGAGGACGGAUCUAAUAGUACUCUCGCGGAUAAUAUGGGACGUGAUCAUGCUACCCAUCGUCAACGUGCUCGAGCACGUUCUCAAACUAAAGCGCCGCUCUCGAAUCUGGCUGUGUCCGACUGCAGCUUUCACGUCCAUUCCUCUCCACGCAGCUAACCCCUUUCAAACAAAGCCAGAUCGCUCUAAGGAGCCAUGCCUUGAGGAUCUCUACAUCUGCUCUUACACGCCGACACUUUCGGCUCUAGUCAGAUCUAGGCAGUUGAUGAAGAAGCGUGUGCCUCCGUCCUUUGUGACAAUCGGGCAAGGUCAACCGGGUGCAGGGAAAGGCAAGGCCCUCCUGGCUGUUGACAGCGAACUCGAGCUUGUCCAUAAGCUCGUCCCUGCGACAGCCAACCGCACCACUAUUUCUGGCGACGCAGCCACUCGAGCAAAUGCACUCGAGGCUUUACAGCAGAACACCUGGGUGCACCUUGCUUGCCAUGGCAAGCAGGACCCUAAGCAGCCCUACAAUUCGCAUUUCGUCAUGAAAGAUGAACAUCUGACACUGCUCGAUAUCAUGGAGAGAGACAUUCCGCACGCCGAGUAUGCGUUUUUGUCUGCGUGUCAUACCGCCGUCGGCGAUGAGGAGACGCCCGAUGAAGUGAUUCAUCUUGCAGCUGGUCUCCAGUUUUCAGGGUUCAAGAGCGUUGUUGGCACGCUGUGGGAGGUCGACGAUGCUGUUGCAAAACACGUCGUUGAAGCUUUCUACAAAUAUAUGUUCAGAGAUUCAGAAGAGGGUGUCAUGGACUGUACGAAGGCGGCCUGGGCGCUCAACUGUGCCACGCACGUCGUGAAGACGAAAGUGCCGCUCGAGCAGAGGAUGGUUUUUGUUCAUAUUGGUGUGUAG